GCACUGGUUACUGCUCUCAGAAGGGUUUUUUUUCCCCCAUAGUGGAUGGGAAAGAAGAUUGGAAAGAGUAUUUCGCUGCUCUUGCAGCCCUUGUAUCUUUAUGAUUUUUUGUUCUCCUGUGAAAGAGAGAGAGAGACACUGGAUAGCAUUUCUUUUCAUUUAGCAACAUCAGGUCUUUGCUUUCACCAUGUCAAAGAGGAUUAAUGAUGCCUUCCCUUUCCACUGUGUUCCCCACCUGUCAUCUUGCUAGGAUCUAGCUACAGAAUGAACAUAGCAGCAGUGUUUAAUGCUCUGCUAGUGUCUGUCCUUGCAGCUGUGCUGUGGAAAUACAUCAGGCUGCGAGAGCACGUCCUUGUGGUGGAAGAGGAGCUGAUCCUCACUCGCCAGUCGCAGGAGCUCUCUCAGGUCCGGAUUGAUUACCAUGCAGCUCUUCAAGCACUGGUGGAGGAUGGAACCAGGAUGGUGUGCACAGGCAGGAUGCACACUGACCGCAUCUGCCGCUUCGAGUCCCUCUGUUAUUCCACGGAGGCAGAGGAGUUUGUCUUCUUUCACAGCAACUCCUCGGUCAUGUUGCCUAACCUGGGCUCUAGACGAUUCCAGCCAGCCUUGCUUGAUCUCUCCUCAGUGGAGGACCAUAAUACCCAGUAUUUUAACUUUGUGGAGCUGCCAGCUGCUGCACUGAAAUUUAUGCCAAAGCCAGUCUUUGUGCCUGAUGUGGCACUGAUCACCAACAGAUUCAACCCAGACAACUUGAUGCAUGUCUUUCACGAUGAUCUCCUCCCAAUCUACUACACCAUGCAGCAGUUUCCAGACUUGGACCAGGAGUCACGGCUGUUCUUCAUGGAGGGGUGGAGUGAAGGCCUGCACUUCGAUCUGUACAAGAUACUGAGUAACAAGCAGCCACUCUUGAAAGAACAGCUUAAAACUCUGGGCCGGCUCCUUUGCUUUACAAAAUCCUACGUGGGACUGUCCAAAAUCACCACAUGGUACCAGUAUGGGUUUGUGCAGCCCCAAGGCCCAAAGGCAAACAUCUUAGUUUCUGGCAAUGAGAUCAGGCAGUUCACCAAGUUCAUGAUGGAGAAGCUGAAUGUCAGCUUGGAAGAAAGUUCCAGUGAAGAGUAUAUUAUUGUAUUCAGUCGAACAAUCAACAGACUAAUCCUAAAUGAGGCAGAACUAAUUUUGGCACUUGCCCAAGAGUUUCAGAUGAAAACCAUUACAGUCUCCUUAGAGGAUCAUUCAUUUUCUGAUAUUGUACGUCUGAUCAGCAAUGCAUCCAUGCUGGUCAGCAUGCAUGGUGCCCAAUUAGUGAUGUCUCUCUUCCUGCCAAGAGGGGCUACUGUGGUGGAGCUGUUUCCUUAUGCUAUCAACCCUGAACACUACACCCCAUACAAAACACUGGCAACACUCCCUGGCAUGGAUCUCCAGUAUAUUGCUUGGCAGAACACUGAUAGGGAAAACACUGUUACCUACCCUGACAGGCCUUGGGAUCAGGGAGGAAUUGCUCACUUAGACAAGGUGGAGCAGGAGCGCAUCAUAAAGAGCAAAGAGGUCCCACGGCACCUCUGCUGUCGGAACCCCGAGUGGCUUUUCCGUGCCUACCAGGACACAAAAGUAGAUAUCCCCUCCCUUAUCCAAGUGAUCAGGCAGACUGUGAAGUCUAAGCCUGGACCCAAGAAGCAGAAGUGGACUAGUGGUCUGUACCCUGGCAAGGUGAGGGAUGCCAAAUGUCAAGCCUCUGUCCAGGGCACUAGUGAAGCUAAACUUGCUGUGUCUUGGCAGAUUCCUUGGAACCUUAAGUACCUGAAGGUCAGGGAGGUAAAAUAUGAAGUAUGGAUACAGGAGCAAGGUGAAAACACUUACAUGCCUUAUAUUUUGUCCCAUCAGAAUCACACCUUUUCAGAAAACAUUAAGCCAUUCACAAUAUAUCUGGUAUGGAUACGAUGCAUCUUUAACAAAAAUCUCCUUGGACCUUUUGCAGAUGUGCUUUUGUGUAGUACAUAAUCGGCUGUCAAAUCGGCAGCAUUCUGUCCUGUGCACCAACCCAUUAGUGGCUUAAAAACCUAUUGUCCUGUAGUUUUUAGAGGGCUUCAAAGGACUAGACUAUGUCAGUGCCUAAGUGGCCAUUUUAUUGCAUUUCCUGUGUGUUCUAAAGGUGGUAUUUAUUUCCAUUUAGUGUAAAAAAAACCAACAAAAAACACUCUGUUCUUGAAAAGAACUUCCAAAACUGAAAUUACAAACUGAACACCUGUAAUUGAAAAGCGUAAUGAAAGUAAAUUGUGUGUACCUUGGUAGUGAUUUGAAUCUCUUUCUAUUGUGUAGUGAGUAUUUAAGCACAGCAUUUAACUGCAGUUAAUUACAUGGUUAGAUGGACAGUUUUCAUCAGUUUCUCCGUUGUAACUUAUUUUUUAAAAAAGACAAGCUGUAUCUGUACCACUGAGUAAAAAAUUUGGUACAAGAACA